GCCCCAGGAAAGGAAGACGAUUCCUCACUUGCUCUUGACACUUUCGUCCGCCAGAGGUCAGUAUCUCGCAUAAGGCCGUCAUACUGGCGAAGAAUUCAACAUUGAACAAGAAGUUAAUCUUUUCGAGGCCAUUUCGGGAGUCAGUGUACGUAUCCGACGCAGCAACUUUCCGAAAACAAGUCCGUCCGUCCGUCCGUCCGUCAUGGCCGCAGAGAACAUGACACUUUUUUGGGGCUCCGGCUCAGCUCCCUGCUGGAGGGUGAUGAUAGCACUGGAGGAGAAGAAGCUGCAAGGGUACAAGCAAAAGCUGUUCUCCUUCGAGAAAAUGGAACACAAGUCACCAGAGGUUUUGGCUAUAAACCCCAGAGGACAGCUUCCUUCUUUCAAACACGGAGACAAGAUUUUGAACGAAUCCUACGCAGCCUGUUUUUACCUGGAGAGCCAGUUCAAGAGUCAGGGGACCAAGCUGAUCCCAGACGCCCCCGCCGAACAAGCCCUCGUGUACCAGCGCGUGUUUGAGGGCCUGGCCUUCUACGACAAAUUAGGAGCCGUUAUCUACUACGAGUAUUACGUGCCUGAAGGCGAGAGACAUGCCUCCACCAUCAAGAGGAACUGCCAAGACCUCGCCGCGGAGCUGAAGCUGUGGGAGGGUUACCUGCACAAGACGGGAUCCUACCUGGCCGGAACGUCCUUCACAUUGGCCGAUGUGAUCGUCUUCCCGACUGUUGCUAAUCUUUUCCGAUUCGGGUUGCCGGGUGAGCGUUACCCCAAAGUGGCCGCGUACUACGCUCUGCUGAAGGAUCGACCCAGCAUCAAAGCCAGCUGGCCUCCUCACUGGCUGGAGCGCCCCAAGGGAGAAGACACACUCAAAGACAUGUGAUGGGCCACGUCACUUCGGGCUUCGGAAAACAAAAUAUCGUUUGCACUGCUAGAACCACAUCUGAUCAAAUUUGUUUUCCGCACUAUAGGAAGGAAAGAGUUCUGCCUAUUUUGUUCAUUCAAAGGCAAUUUUUGUUUAGAUGAAGACAAAAAGAUUCCAUCCAAUGAAGCACUUUAAAAUGAA